ACAUACGAGAGGUUUAAAAUUUCUAUGUUACUCUAAAUUUAUUGAAUACUAGAAAAUGAAGUUAUCUCUUGUGCUAUUUCGUCGUAAUCGCUUACCAAAUGGACAUUUGUUUCGAGGAAAAGAUCGAUUAGUAAAAAAAGUUGAACCAAAACAUCUUAGGCAAAUUCAAGAUGACUUUGCCGUAGAAGAAAAAAAUAUGUUUUAUUUACGGUUUCCAUACCUCUCAGAAGCUGAAAGCAGUGGGCAUGCUAAAGCCCUUGGAAAACCAGAAAUGAGGAAGGAGAAACUGUUAGAUAAUCAGAGACGGAUAUUUAAACAAGAUGUUACCCUAUAUGAACGACUGCAACAUCUGCGGGUGAAGGAAUCUUGGGAGUAAUCCAUAAAGAAAUAGUUUAGUGUAAAUAUGUUAAAUAAGGUAGUAGAAGAUCUAAAUAAAAUGUG